AUGGCGGAGAGGUAUCGGUUGAUCGGAAUGCCCCAACUUGGAUUUGUCCUGACAUGCAAACUGGGUAGUACCAGCUACAUGACGCCUGUUCAAGAAGACGCCAAGUCAAACCUUGAAGGGUUGAUGGCCCAAGAAUAUCAAGAGAAUGUUGAUGUUCACGACGUCGAUGGGUGGUCAGUGGUCUGA